CCGUCCGGUCGCAGUUCGUCUCCGAGACGCUUCCUGUCCGGUGAGCGCCGACCGACUGGAACGGCGGCCCAUAAUGCACUGCGAUGGCGGGGAGGCGUAGGGGAGGGGGCGGAGCCAGGGCCGGAAGUGGAGCGGUAGCAGCCGCGGCGGCUUGGGCGGCUCGGGACAUCGUGCAAGUCUUACACAGGCACCAUGAUGCUUCAGAAGCUCUUCCGGUUGUCCUCCGUCAUCCGUUCCGCCGUGGCAGUGCAGCUGCGGAGGAACAUCGGGGUCACGGCAGUGGCGUUUAAUAAGGAACUUGAUCCUGUGCAGAAACUCUUCGUGGACAAGAUCAGAGAAUACAAAUCCAAGCGACAGGCAUCGGGAGCACCUGUUGACGCAGGCCCAGAGUACCAGCAAGAUCUGGAGAAGGAACUUUUUAAGUUGAAGCAAAUGUUUGGUAAAGCAGACAUGAAUACGUUCCCUACCUUUAAGUUUGAAGAUCCCAAAUUUGAAGUAAUUGAGAAACCCCAGUCCUGAAGAAAUAAUGGAAAGUUAAUCUGGUAAUCUGUCAUGUGUUGCUUGUACAAUUAAUGAGAGGUUUCACAAUAAACAUACGUUUGGCAAUGA